UCUCGAAACAAGGACCACCAUUAUAACAUACUUGGAAUCCAUCGUAAUGCAGAAAAAAAGACAAUUAGAUCUCAAUAUUACCGUCUUUCCAAAAAAUAUCAUCCUGACCUGAAUCCCAACAACCCUGAAGCACACAAAGCAUUCUUAGAAAUAAAUGAGGCAUAUGCUGUGUUGGGAAAUGAAGCAAGUCGAAGACAAUAUGAC